AUGAAGGAUGCUCCAGUCUACGCCGACAGAUCGCAACGGUUCGCCGAUUUGGAAAGUAUCGCUUGCUAUGGUUGGUUUAGCAGCACGCAAGAGCCUUCUUGCAUACGUGAGCCAAUUUUAUGGCGGACUGAAUUCGUGGAACUUGCACUCGGCCGCUGGAUCGAUGCACAGCAAGGUGAUGUGGAGCCAUGGCUACUGGUCCUUUACCACAUGAUUCACAUCACUCAACACUGCAAUUUAGGGCUUCUCCAACGGCUGGCUCGUUUCAUAUCUCGAACAGAUCGUAUACCAUCCGGCGCUGGGGCUCUUGCUUCGGUGAAGAAGUGGUUGUCAGGCCGGAAGUACGCAAUGUCAGAGUGGCACGCGAAGGCUUUGCUCAAAGUUGCACAACGCUCUAUCAGCGACACUGAGCAGCAAUGGGGUCAAAACUCAUCACGAAACGCUGACUACGACCAGAUAACCCCCUACUGCUAUGCCCCAGAAACACUACACUUUCCAGUCUGUGUGUACUCUGCCACGCUCGUCCUCUGGUAUGGCAGUCUUAAUCUAGGUCGCGAUGAGUUCCUCCGCAAUGCUCCCCUUGAACACGGGAUUCAGAUACUUGGUGGCCUCAAAAUGCACCUUGCUCGAAGUCUAGGUACUGCCCUAAUGGAGCUCAAGCGCGAACCCGGUUGA